GGUGAGGCCGGAAUUGCUCCCGCAGCCCCAUAUAUAGCUGUGACGCAGUAAAACACAACAGAUUACAAGAAUCAAGAUGGCGGCGAGAGCACUCCGCGUUUGUUCCACGUUACUUCUCUUCACGAUUCUUCUGCAAGAAAGCUAUCAGAAAAGUGUUUUCUCAGAUGAAAUCAAGGAACAACAGGAUUUCUGUCAACUCCCCAAGGAGGCUGGCUUAUGUGAAGGCUUAUUCACCAAAUGGUUCUACAACGCAACUGCCAAUCACUGCCAGAAAUUCACAUAUGGUGGAUGUGGUGGAAAUGCCAACAGAUUUGACACAAAGCGUGCAUGCAAACUGGCAUGCAAAGGAGGAAGCAGCCUAAAGGUGGCAUUGGACAUGACUCCGGCACCUCCCAAAGGAGCACCUCAUCACACACAAUCGAUUACUCCUCCAUGUCAAGAAAAACUGCAAGCUGUCCUUGCAAAUGGGACACUUAUUGGGGCAUACAUCCCCAAAUGUGAAAAGAAUGGAUACUAUGAGCCAGUCCAGUGCUGGGGAUCGGUAGGCAGCUGCUGGUGUGUCACUCCUGAUGGCAAGCAUCUUGAUGCUACUCCACCAAUUUGUCAGCCGAGUAUAAAGAAAACAAAGUCUGACGAAAGUCAGUCCUUGUUCUCCAAGCAAGACAUUUCUAGCAGUAGGUGCUUUAGGCAAGUCCAGCAGGCAAUCGGAGAUACCAUUCUUAUUCAUGGCUGGCCUAUUCCCAUCGACAAACGAAUCUUCAUCCCAAAGUGUGAUCCCAAAACAGGAUAUUUCCAGCUCGAACAAUGUAGCAGGGAGUCACAAUGCUGGUGUGUUGACAAAUUCUUUGGGAACCAAAUAAAGAACACAGAGCAUGCGGCAGGGGAUAACUACACAUGUCCAUGAACCCAGAUAGUUGUUGCAGUAGAACAAGUGCCUUAAUUUCUAUUAUUUUGCUUUUCUUGUUCUGAAAUUUGUAUAUAACCCAAUAAUGACUAGGUUAUCUGGCAUUUAUGUAAAAUAUAAGUUUGGAAAGACAAAGUAUAGUUAAUGACUGCUACAUCAAUAUCUAAGACUAUUGGUUAAUUAUCAUUUUUAACUUAAAAGUUUAAAAAGUUAAGUUGUUUUUAAUUCAUUUAUUUAGAUAAUAGAAAUUCUACAAUAAGCAUUUUUUUAUAUUAACUAGUUAUAAUAAAGUCAAAGGCAAGCUUUGCAGUUACGGUUUAAGAUAUAGAAAAAAGUUUUAUAUAGAAAUUAUCUAAAAGCAAAUGUUAUUUAUGAAGAAUUUAUUUUCGUUUAAGUUAGCUAAGUUAUUUUAUAAAAAAAUACUUUAACUUUAUCUUUUCUCUAUUCCUUGUUCCUUAAUAAAUGUGAACAAUAAAAACAUAUGGCAUUUUGCUAUGCCUUCAUUCAA